CUCUGCUGGUUAUAAAAGGUGGGUUUUCACCAAACCCAAACACAAAAACUCAGAGAUCGCUGCAGCAAUGGUGUCAUCUUCAGUCCUCCUGGUGUGCCUCCUGGUGACAUGUUCAGUCUGGAUGGGCCAUGGUGCAAGUGUAGAGGUCAGAAUUGAUGACCAGGAGCCAGUGGACCUGGACGGCUCUGUGGGAGACUUAACGAAGAUCCCAGGUGUUUGCUGGGCGUGCAAGUGGGCCCUGAAGAAGGUGAAGAAAGUGGUUGGGCAGAACGGCACUGCAGAGGUCUUGAAAUCAAAGCUGCUGACCUGCUGCGAUGAGAUUGGCCUCUUAAGAUCUCUGUGCCGCCGUUUUGUGAAGAAACACCUGGGAGAGCUGAUCGAGGAGCUCACCACCACCGACGAUGUGAGGACCAUCUGUGUCAACACUGGAGCCUGCAAGCCAAAGGAGCUGCUGAGCUUGCACUUCUAUCAGACAGAGGAGAAAGCACUGACUGAAGUGAAUGAAUAUGCCUAACAGUGUCUACAUGCUUGAUAAUUAAGCUGUUUCAUUUCAUUUUUACAGUUAAGCUUUAUUUUUACUUUCAUAGCAUUCACUUUCUUUGGUUCCUUUAUAAACUUAAAGUCAAUUUCUGUACGAGAGCAGUCCUCAAUAAAUAUUUGCAUUGAAAAUGUUAUGAGUUUUUCUUGUGGGACAUAAUCUGACUCCAGUUUUGGUGACUGAAUCCUCAAAUAUAAAGACUUUAUCCACCUUUGUGGUCUAAAGCUCUUCAUAAACCAAAAAAGAUAUGAGGAGUUGUUCCGAUUCAGACACCAGCAUCAUAAAUAUGUCCGAUACUGCUCAAGAUGCAGAUAUGUGUGAGCGCACAAGUUUUUGCACCGAUCCGAUACUGUUUGGUUUAGCUUUAUAGUUUGCUUCAUUUAGCCAUGCUACAUGUUCAUGCUAUAAACUGGAAAUCAAUUCUUCUUCACUGUCAGAAAACACUGCAUGCACAAGCUACCGUGUUUAGAGCAGAAAAGAGGACCCAAAGGACCCUCUGCAGAAGCAAAAAAUGGUGGCCUUGUGACAAGUUUUCUCUGAAUUUGAUCAUUAAAAUGCCUUUCAGACCAAAGUUGUCGUACACGACAAGAUGUG